UCGGGCUUCUCGCUCCAUCGAGCGAUCUUUCCAAACUUUCCGUCUCCAAGCUUCCUGAAGCUUCUCCGUUCUCCGUGGACCGAGGGCGACGGUGGGACCCGAUGGGGGAGAUGUGCAAUAUAUGAAAUAUAAAGGAUGGUGCUGAUGACCGAGCAGGCGGACGGACCUCUGAUCCCGUUCCCCACCCCGGAGCAACUUUCCAGCAAGACCUCCCGGGGGAAUCGGUCUACGUCUGAAGCGGAGAAUGGGGGUGAGAGGAGACAGCGGAGGCGUGGACGGUCACCUGCAGACCUGCAGCUGUGUCUGGACACAGAGUCAGACCCCUCGGAGAGCAGGAAGAAACCAGCCAGCAUGAGAUUGAAACCUGUUGAGCAGCUCUCACCAAUGCUGAGUCCGACUGACUUUGAAACAAAGUUUGAGAGGAAGAAAUCGCAGCCCAGCCAGCUAUCAAAGACAAAUGCCCAGUAUCAUAAGUUAUUCAAGGAGGUCAGCAGAGAUGAGUUACUCAAACAAAGUUACACCUGUGCCCUGCAGAAAGAAAUGUUAUAUCAGGGCAAAAUGUUCGUCUCCGAUAACUGGAUCUGUUUCCACUCCAAGGUCUUUGGCAGAGAUACCAAGAUUUCAAUCCCAGUGAUGUCUGUGACAUUUAUCAAAAAAACUAAAACUGCGUUGUUAGUGCCAAACGCCCUUGUGAUUGAAACUUCAAGCGAGCAGCACGUGUUUGUGUCCUUCCUCUCUCGAAACACCACCUACAAACUUCUGAAAUCCAUCUGCAUUCAUUUGGAGGUGGAUAAGACUUGUAACAGCCCCGUUACUUCUUCCUGUGAAAACAGCUUCAGGGUCGGCUGCCCGUCGUCGCUUCCUCUGGACCUUUCUGGAGACUUCUCUGACCUCGAUGGGGUGGUGCAGCAGAGACGGCAGAAGAUGAUGGAGAGCAGCAGCUCUGGGUCUCAGACUCCAGAUUAUGACAAAAUAACUGACUUCACCGGCCUCCCAGACACGUUUCUGAGCGCAGUGAAGAGCGGAGAGGUUUCGGUCCAUGCAGACAUUCACCUCCAGAGUCCGAGCCAAAAGCACAGAGCUGCCCUCAAGAACGGGUCCACCAAACCAACCCGCGGAGUCACGCUCAAGGACAAAUCCUCGCAGCUCGUGUCGUUGCACGCCAUCCUCCUGAUCUACUUGGUUUUAGUUGGUGUUCUUGUCUUGUCCUCCUGUUACAUGGCUUUCAAGAUUGUGGCUCUUGAGCAUCGUUUGAACUCCUUGGUGUCCAUUGGGGAACACAUUCGGAGCGAAAACGCAGUGAGCCACCAGUCCCAGGAUGAACUGAAUGCUGAGAUCUAUGGAGAACUGUCUACUAACCUGUUCAAGCUAGAAAAGAUUCAAAGAAACCUCCGGAAGCUACUUGAAGAGACUUAAAGGAAAUCUGUUGUCUGUUGACAGAAGUCUUAUCUUUUAUUUGACACGUUGGUUGAACUUUGCUCACAGAUCUGUUGCCAAAUCAUGGACAGCUCACGCAGAGAGUUUUCUUAAACUGGUGGGAACUUUAACUUAAAUUGUGCAAUAAGAGCUUCUUUCCCCUUUCCACUCAGGACUGUUUUAUCACUCUUUUCAAACAGACAUUUGUGCCACAGGGUAAACUGAAGCAGCGUGUUAGUGUGCCACUGUUAGUGUUAGUGAUGCAGUUUUUUUUAAAGCAUAUCUGUGUCGUAUUUAUCUGAGAGCUUUUAUUUUGCAUUUCACAAUAGUGGGAUUUUUACUGAGGCAUCAGGUCCAAAGGUCUUAUUUCAAUGUUUUCCAAACAUUUCAGAGAAAGGUCAACAUGUGCUGUUCUCAUAUUCUUUUGAUAGAAUUAAAUUGCCAAUAAAUUAUAUUUAUGUCAUGUAUAUAAGUCAGCUGAGCAAGGGAUGUUUGUGUGAGAGCUUUUCAUUACAUUUACAGCCAUGUUUUUUUUAGUGUGUGGGAUCUAAAGGCUAAAAUUCACUGUGCAUUUGUGGAUGUAGUCAGGCUGCUCAGGCUUACAUGAGUAGAGUUGUUUUUUUUAGUGAAAACAUGUUGAAAUCAUUUGCAAAUGAGAGCAAAUCAACUGAGUUUGAUUGGUUUCUGUUGUUUAUAUUGAGUUUUUACUAAAACCGUUAACAUAUCUUGUUGAAGGCUCAGUCUGUAAUCGUAUUAAUCACAGGUUUUAUUCGCUUACAGAACCUACAAGCUUCUCAAAUGAUCACGGUUUAAGAUUUUGUCCUGUUUUUACAUUAACCAGCAUCAGAGAACAUUUGCACUGCAGCUUUGAUUCUGUUGCCGUCGAUCAUUUCAGAAGCUUGUGUUGUAAACUGUGAUUACACAGUUUAACUACAGAGCAGACCUGAAAUAAAUGGCUCUCAUACGCUGUUUCGAGAGUAUUUUCAUUUAUUGGGAGCAGCUCUGACAGGUCAGGUGAUAUAAACUUAGACAAGUGGAUAUGAACAACUUUGUGACAUAACCUAAUAUAAUAAAUACAUAUUAUUAGCACAUUUCAUACAGUACGAUCCAAAAUAGUGCGCGUGGCAGAAGAUGUAAAGACAGAAACAAACACACAA